AUGUGCUCUUAUUCCAAUAUCGAAAUCGAGGAGAGGUUAGAAUCGGUGCAGAAGCAGCUCAGAGACCUGACUAAGGGAAUGUUGGAGGUCCGACCAUGGGAAAACAUCGACAACAUCGACUAUUGGGAUGCCAGUUCCACCCGUCAUCCUUUCUUUGCCAGCAGAGUGGGAUUUUUUCACCGUACUUUCCGUGACUACCUGCUGGCUCGAUGGCAUGAUAAGAUGCCCCCAAACUUUGAGACUUACGUGCGAAUGGCUUUGGCAGAAAUCAAGUUUUCUUGCUCGAUCGACUUCCACCAGAUAUUCGGCUAUUUCGGAUGGCCUGGGUUCCCGAUCCUGGACUACAUCACGGAUACCCUUAUCUGGUUAGGACUAAAAGAGAUAUCCUUGCCAGACCAGUACUACGAGGAGAUAGAGCGUGUCAUUGAUGGCUAUGAGAAGCUCUUCAAUUCCUCAACGCAGGGCCGAAAAAGAUACAAAGAACACCCGUCAAUGACUGGAAUCAUUCUACCAGUCAUGAUGUAUGGUAGAAGCAUCAGGGCUGACUCACUAAGCGAAGAAGCGAAGGCUAGGAUACGUCGUCCCUUUUCGUUUCUUAGUUAUCUGGCUUUGUAUGCGCCAACGUCUCCAUAUUUUAUACAGCGUAUCAUGGAGUUCCCGCAGCCCCAACGGCCGAAUGAUAACUUGGUUCAUGCCUUCGCUACCUUGUCACACCAUGACUCUGCAUAUACGGCAAAGCUCCUGCCGCAUUUCCUAGAAAAGGGCGUGACGCCAAAUUCGUUGUUAACUGUUUGGUUGGUGGAAAGAGACCAGACAGUAAAGCCAUUGACUGUGCCCGCUUGGUUAACAUUCUUGGUAUCACGAGCCAUGGGCUACUUUCAUGUUACAACUUUCAAGAAUCUAUUUAGUGACGGGGACUGGCGACUGAUGGAAACUUUUCUCAAGUCUGGAAUGGAUUCGGAUAUUAUAUUCCUCUUUGAGCCCCGGGGACACUAUGAUGAGGACAGGAUGAGAUAUCUGGACCUAUCGCAGCUGAUAGAGUUCUGUCUUCCAGAGAACAUACAAUCCCUACGCAUGUUGCUAGACCGUCCGACUUCGAGAAUAGGGCAAUGGUGGAACGGUGCCAGAAAUAUUGGUUCAAUCUGGACCUCGCACCGACAGCCAGACUAUGCCGGAGAGACGCGCACGCGGUAUAGGCAGGCGACGGCUUCGGAACUCAAUGAAGACAUCAAGAUCAAGGCUAUCAUGACGAGAUUGCAUAAGAUCCAUGAUAACUUCGUCAUACAAUUGUAUUAG